AUAAAACUACUCCUCAUCGGCGACUCGGGUGUCGGAAAAUCAUGCUGUCUUCUGCGUUUCAGCGAGGACAGUUUCACGCCCAGUUUCAUCACCACCAUCGGGAUAGAUUUCAAGAUCCGAACGAUCGACUUGGACGGCAAACGGGUGAAACUACAGAUUUGGGACACCGCAGGUCAGGAACGGUUCCGAACAAUCACCACUGCGUACUACAGAGGCGCAAUGGGCAUCCUGCUGGUAUAUGAUGUGACGGAUGAGAAGAGCUUCAACAACAUACGGACAUGGUUCUCCAACGUCGAACAACAUGCCAGUGAGGGCGUCAACAAGAUACUCAUCGGUAACAAAUGCGAUUGGGAGGAGAAGCGCGCUGUCUCGACUGAACAAGGGCAAGCACUAGCCGAUGAGUUGGGCAUUCCUUUCCUCGAGGUUUCGGCCAAGUCGAAUCUCAACAUUGAAAAGGCAUUCUACUCGUUAGCCUCGGACAUCAAGAAGCGAUUGAUAGACAGCUCGAAAGAGACCGGAGCCAGUGGCGGCGCCCAAACAGGUAUUGGCGGUGUCAACGUCGCUCAGAACCAAGCUGGCGGCAUGGGUGGAAAGUGCUGUUGA